AUGCCAGAGGAAAUCAUAGUCGACUAUUUGCGAGAUUAUGUGGAGAUGAAGAUAGCCAGACCGAAUCAAUUUGGAGAAAGCGAUGAUAUUGUGGCGAAAGGCGAGUUCAAAAAGAUUCUCCAGAUUGGAUUGCUUACUUAUGCCACUUAUCAACCCGGAUCCGUUCCUGGCGACUGGUUUGAUGCAAUAUUUCAAUUCUCGUAG